ACGCCUGCCCCUGUCGUGGACAAAUUGAAAGACUUCUGGCCGGGGUUGUCUGGUCUACUUCGUGACAAAGGGAACCCAAGAGAGUUGAUGGACUAUCUAAGCGCCAACAGUGAGCAGGAGAGCUGUAAAGACUCUGAAUCUUCUGAAUGCGAGCGAACGAAGCUGCCAUUGGCGUUGGAGAUGAUGUACAACGUGUCAUCUGUGAUUGAAGAUGCGGAUCAGGUGGAAGCUCUGGCAACAGCAACCGACCUUCUCCUCAGAUCACCAGAGAAGCUCGGUCAGCACGAACAAGUCACUGGAGGCUAUAUCAUAGGUAAAUUGACGAAAUCCUUCGGUAAACUCUCGGAAAAAGGAGUACGGUUUGAAGACCUGAGACCUGCUGCAACAGCAAUUGUUGACACCGUUUCGACGUUGGUGGAAGCUGGAGUACAAGAUCAAGAGACACUGAAGGACGAAUCUCAUCUUUUACCACCGAGAAAGCGGAAGGCGUACAAAGAGAAACUGGAGAAGGAGCGGCAGGAAAAGGAGGAAGAAAAUUGGAAACUCCAAGAGGAGGCCAUGUCUGCGCUAAUGGAGCAUGUCGAUCAAAUCGCCAAUGCCCUCUCGAACAGUCCCGGAGUCCCGCACAAACCAACACCGAUAUUAACCCCGGACAUGUCGCUGCUCAUCAAGAAGGUGUCAAGGUCAGGGUCAGGAGAAGAACCCGACAGUGUGUCCCUCCCUGCUGGAAAAGUGGACUUUCCCAAACAUAAAGCAUUGCUGCCUUUUACAGCUUCUUCAGACGUCAACUGGAAGAUAACCGGCUUCAAUGACAACCCGUACGUCUGGGACAGAUCGGCAGGAGACAUCAAGACAUCUGUCGUGGAUGUCAGUCUGGAAGACGCAGAAGGGAACGAAAUCCCUGUUAACGGGCUGUCUGAAGCCUUUACCAUCGUCCUUCAGAACAGCCCAGAGAUGUUCCGGGUCGGACAUCUCGUGAACUACAAACAUUAUGACAACAGCACCAUGGCGUUCCGAGACUUCCAGGCCCUGGAGAACGCCACGUACGGGGUCACACUGACGGUGCGGACCGCCGGCUUCAUCAGAGAAGCCAAGAUGUACGGCAAGCUCGGCGGCGAUCCGAACGACACGGACCACGACUUCAGGAUGCUUCUUUUGUGGGAGGACUUUGACAUCACGGGGUAUGACGGCAACCUCACAUUCACAGCCUUCAUCCUGCUCCCUGUCGGGAAGGUCAACAAUGGAAGUGGACAGUAUACACUUGGCCUACUGAUUGACGAGUGCCUGUCACAGAAGUGUAAUUAUUCAGCGGAUAUCGUCAGGAUAAGUUGCCGGUACUGGGACUCAAAGGACGGCAGUGGCGCGUGGAAGGGAGAUGGCUGCAAGGUCAGUUCAAAGACCACCCGGGAGGAAACAGUCUGUCUGUGUGACCACCUGACUGCCUUCGGAGCCGACAUUGUUCGGGUUCCCACCCGCGACUCGGUCUACUCCCGAUCAGUAGUCGGGCAGGACAGCUCUAUGGUCUGUCUGGAUGAACAGUGA